AAUCAUCACAUUCCUGGAUCUAAAAGUGAAAGAACGACAGCUGAGUGCGGAAGCUGAAGCUGCCGUCAAACCAGUCGAGGAGGACUCAACGAUCGCCGGGGAUGUCGAGGGCGCCGCCACGGGAAGGCCCGUCGCCGACAGGAGUCGCGGUGUCUCCGGAGGUCGAGGCCGCGCUCGCGAGCGGCGGGGCGGUCGUCGCCCUCGAGUCCACCAUCAUCUGCCACGGCAUGCCCUAUCCGAAGAACCUCCAGACGGCCAUGGAGGUGGAGGCCAUCGUCAGGGAGAACGGCGCUGUUCCUGCCACCAUAGCCAUUCUGAACGGUGUGCCACAUGUUGGGCUUAACAGUGAACAGCUGAAGAACUUGGCUAUAAGCGGAAGUCAGUUUCAGAAGACAGCUAGAAGAGAUAUUGCGCAAGUUGUUGCUUCAGGCAGCAAUGGUGCUACGACAGUCUCUGCCACCAUGUUUUUUGCUCAUAAGGUUGGUAUACCAAUUUUUGUGACUGGGGGAAUUGGAGGCGUACACAGAUACGGUGAAAAAACCAUGGACAUCUCAUCUGACUUAACUGAACUUGGAAAGACGCCUGUGGCUGUUAUUUCAGCCGGUGUGAAGUCCAUUUUGGAUAUCGCACGGACACUCGAGCACUUGGAAACUCAAGGGGUAACUGUUGCUGCUUACAGAACCAACGAAUUUCCAGCUUUCUUCACAGAAACCAGUGGAUGUAAGGUGCCAUGCCGUGUUGAUUCUCCAGAAGAGUGCGCGAAGAUAAUAUAUGCAAACCAGAAUAUGCAUCUAGGAUCUGGAAUUCUUAUUGCAGUGCCGGUUCCCAAGCAACAUGCAGCUUCAGGAAAGGUUAUAGAGUCUGCAAUACAGCAAUCCCUCAAGGAAGCAGAGUACAGUCCCAGUUCCUUGCUCUCUUUUCUCUUUCUGUAUGUGUGCGCGUGCACGUGCAGUUGGGUUAACAUGUAUGUUUAUGAACAAUAUAAUGUCAAUCUAAUUAUUUGCACUUUGUUUCUCAGUGAUAAAAGAAUAAUAGGAAACGCGAUCACCCCCUUCAUCCUCGACAGAGUGAAAGUACUAACUGGAGGAUCUUCAUUGGAAGCCAAUAUUGCACUUGUGAAGAACAAUGCUCUCACUGGUGCUAAAAUUGCUGUAGCCCUUUCUGAUCUUCGCAAGAGAGUAACAAACAGGCCUGUGAGGUCUGCCCUGUAAAGCUCCUGCUGAAGGAGCAUGUGAAGUUGAUGAUGCCAACAGCUGACCGGAACUGGAGUGUUGCCAAAGAUACCAAUUCCUUGCACAUCGUGAAUCAUCAUCUGGCUUGCGCAUUCCGUUCUUGCUAUUUUGUAUCUUGUUGGAAGGCUGUGUAGCAGUAACAUCUGAAUAAAUAAGUUUUAGCGGACGUCU